AUGUCCGAUAUCGCGGUCAUCUGGAACAUUACUGUGAUAUCGCAUGCUAAUAUCUCUGCAAUCUUUCCAUUGAGCAACGCCACGUUGGUAGGCGACCUAAACUAUCCUCCGGUCAGCUAUGGUCUCUCCCUAUUAUGCCUAUCACAUCUGGCACUGUGGGUCUUCGAUGCUACAUUCAGCUACCAAGAUGUUCAUAUUAUGACAUUCGUCUUGUCAGUACUUGCAAACACGUGGUAUCGGCCGGUCAUCGUUGUUGCCACGAUUUUCGAGUUUUCUGAUGUGUCUGGAAAUGAGGUCCUCCUUGCAGUCGUGUCAUGUGGUGUGCCAUUUAUGUUUCCCUUUGCAUUCAUAUCUCUUAUCUAUCUGUUUUGGGUCAGCAUCUGGUUUUGUGGGAGUGCAUUUAGCGUAGCAUCUCCUCUACAAACUGUGUCCGCCUCAGUUGCGGAUAUCAUCACUACCACGACACUCGUACUCUUCAUGCGGGACAAACGCACAGGACUUAAAAGCAUGGAGAGGUUGCUCGACAGGCUUACGGUCAUCAUAGUGAACCGCGCGCUCAUGACUACAAUUCUACAACUCGGGCAAUUCAUCACUUAUCGCGCUUUCUCCCCGGACGUUUUCGUAUGGAUCAUCUUCCAUUCCGCUGCCGCGAAAGCCUACGUCAAUUCUCUAUAUGCAUUGCGUUUCAGUGGACGAAGAACAAUGACCAUGACGUCAUCCAGUAUCAUGGAUGUUCCUCUUGAGGAGCUGGCUCACAAGUGA